UUAUUUCGAGUCGUCAUCCAGCGCAGAAGCAUUGCGUGGGAAAAGAAUUUUUUGGUUGAUUUCUUCUUUUAAGAAGUAAAUGGAUUUUGAGGAUCAUUCCGCGGAAUUCCGCUGAAGUUUUUUUUUUCAAAGAAUAUUUGUUGAUCUUUUAAAUUAAAGUGAAGUGAAAGGCAAAAGAGGAUAAAUAAACGCAAAAUAAAAUGAUGCCAAUACAGGAUGAUUUGGAUAAAUGCAAUAACAAUGGUGGCAAUAGUGUUGGGAGUGGACAUAGUGGGAGUUUCAGUGGCAAUGUGCAAACGGAUGGGGGUCACAGUCAGGGAGGAUCACUCGGCACCCCUACACCCACCAUGACGAAGGCAGAAUUGAGAAAAAGCAACAAACCGAUCAUGGAGAAGAAGAGACGUGCGAGGAUCAAUCAUUGCCUCAAUGAGCUGAAGACGCUGAUUUUGGAGGCGAUGAAGAAAGACCCUGCACGUCAUACGAAGUUAGAGAAGGCAGACAUCUUGGAGAUGACGGUUAAGCAUCUGCAAACAAUCCAGCGUCAACAAUUCACAAUGGCCGUUAAUACGGAUCCAACGGUUAUUCACAAAUUCAAAUCUGGGUUCUCAGAUUGCGCCGAAGAGGUCACGCGGUACGUGAACCAGAUGGAUGGUUUGGAUUCAGGCGUCAAGCAGCGUCUAGCUAAUCACCUCAACAACUGCGUCAGUAACAUCCAACAAGUGGCACCACCAAUGAACUUUCCCGCGGGAUCUGUUGGCCUAUCUUCCUUCCCAGGGCUUCCACUGCACAACACAGCCGGUCCGGCCAGUUCAUCCGUACUCUCCCUGCCGCAGGAUGUCAACAACAACGGACGCAUUCAGAUGGGUGGGGUGCAGUUGAUCCCAUCGCGUCUCCCAACGGGUGAAUUGGCACUCGUGAUGCCAAACAGUAGCAAUCUAUCCUUCUUCCCCAAUGCCAGUCCCUUUACAUCACCACCCCCGCCAGCUCCGACAAAUCUGGACCUCGGUGGGUCUGCCUAUGCACGCAGUAGUGCCUUCAGUAGCGUCAGACCCCUUCCAAUGCGCUCCAGUCCACCAAUAAGUCCAGUUUCGUCAAUUUCAAGCUGUGGCGAAGAAUCCCAACAUUCCUCCGACUACCACAACUCAUCAGCUUCCCCUCCGGCUGCCAGUUGCUCAGGAACAGGUAUCCUGCCGCAUCUGCAGCAACCACAAGUCUCCUCAACGACGGAAACAUCAAAGGCGCGACUCGACGGUCGUCCCGAUGUUCACUACGUCAACAAGAAGCGACCGUACCCCUUUGAAGCCUCCGACGUGAAGUACGAUGUAAGUCCGAAAGCCAUAAAGUUGGAAGCAAAACGCGAACAAAGUCCUGUUGAUCACAAUCAAAAUGGCAACACCUCAGCCGACAUGUGGCGGCCAUGGUGAUUCAGGAGUCAGCUUUAUACAUUAAACACUGUGAUUGCCCUUAAUGUCUUAUAGAUUUAAAAAAAAAAGAAUUAAAUCCCAAUCGUAUGAUUCCAGUGUAAGAGAUUUUUUUACAUUAAAUAAAAGAGUUUGUUGCGCAUUGUGUGUUAACUUUGUAAGAAAUAUAUUGAUCUCGUUUGUAGUGUCUUAAGGGCGUAAAAGGAUUUUUUUUAGCUUCUAAGAUGAGUGUUAAACUUUAAUAAAACUUUUGCAAUUGAAUGGAAGGAGAAAA